ACCUAACAAUCAAAUGGUGCAAAUUGGACCACCUCCCCAAUGCAUCAAUGUUAGUAGAAUAUCUUGAGAGAAGCCAUUGGUAUUUUGUGAAAAAGGCGAUGAGAAUAUCUUAAUCUAAUCUAAUCCAUAAUAACAACAAUGUCUCUCAAAAUAUCAACACUUUAUCUCCUUGCUUACAACUCUUUUCAAGCAAUUGGAUGGUUUGUUUCGUUAAUCAACAUUUUGUACAAUCUUCUCUCCACUUCCUCCAUCACUGGAACUUAUGCUUCUGCUGGCACCUUAAUUAGUUUUCUGCAAUGUGCUGCAUUCUUGGAAGUUAUACACGGUGCCAUUGGACUAGUGCCAAGCGGAGCGUUGCUUCCUUUGAUGCAAUGGGGAGGAAGGACUCACUUUGUCCUUGCCAUUGUUAAUGGAAUUCAUGAGGUCCAGGAGUUACCUCCCGUUUUUAUCACUUUUCUUGCGUGGAGCAUAGGCGAGAUCAUUAGAUAUUCACAUUAUGCUUUCAGUUGCUUGGGAAACUGUCCUUCUUGGAUCACCUAUAUCAGGUACACCGCGUUUAUUGUGAUUUAUCCUGUGGGAGUGUUUCCUGGAGAACUAUGGUUGAUGUACCAGUCGCUUCCAAUUAUAAAGGAGAAGAAUAUCUAUGCUGAUUCCUUUUCAAGCCUCCCAUUUAGUUAUUAUGAUUUCCUUAAGGUCGUAAUCGUAGUUUAUCCAUUCCUUUGGUUCAAACUAUACUUGCAUCUGUUCAAGCAGCGGCGUUCAAAACUUUAUAAACGCCGUGACAAGAAAAGAGCAUAAGGAGCAUUAUUCUUGGUUUUUGUUAGAAGACUUGUAGACGACAACUUUCUGUUCCACCGGAGAACUGAUUCUGAAAUUUAUUUGCAUCUAAAAUAUUUCCUUUGAUUGGAUAACAAUUGUACGAAAUAAUGGAAUUGUUGUUGUCAGUAACGAUUAAGAUUUUAGGAACUGGAAGAUUUGUAACAGUGCCUGCAUUAUUCUGCACAGAUUUCUACCUUAUGGAUUUUGAUAGGACUCUAGGGCCUAGUAACAAUGUCACCCUAAGCCUGUAUUUAAAGAGUUUAUUUCAUUGUAGUAUAUAUGUAUGCCUUUGGUUUUACUCUUGCAAGUUGAAAGGUUUAAUGUAUUUAUUAUA